CGCGAUUUCCGGAAUGUUUACCUGUGUUAAGAGUCGUUACCGAAAUCUAGUUUAACACGAAUAUUUUUAAACAAUGUCCUGAAGAAUGCUUCAGUUAAACGUCGUGGUUUGUUAAGAUAUGUAACAUUAUGUUCGCGUUUAGCUAAAUGUCUUUAACCCUACGAAUAUGUCGGUAGAAACAAAUUCCGAAACAAAUUCUCAGUGAAUAGGCAUUCUUAUCGCCAAAAGCCAGGAUACCGGGUGGAGAUCCCCCCACCCCACAGCAAACAUACGUAAACAUACCGUGAUGGCGUAAUGGUAUACUUUUUCUACACGUUCUUGGUGAAAGCAAGCGUCCACAGCACCAAAGUUGUGGCAUUGCUCAUUACAUUAAGACUAUGGCAGAUGAGGCAUAUAAGUACAUCAGGCAGGAAGAUGGCAGAGUCAGCAGGGUAAUCCGUAUUGGAACCAGAAAAAGUCAGCUGGCUCGCAUUCAGACAGAUAGUGUUGCAGACAGACUUAGAGAGUUUUACCAUGAUGUGCACUUGGAAAUAGUGGCUAUGUCAACAACGGGUGACAAAAUUCUUGACACAGCUUUAUCAAAGAUAGGUGAAAAGAGCCUCUUCACAAAGGAGUUAGAGAAUGCUUUGGAAAGAAAUGAGGUAGACCUUGUUGUUCACUCCUUAAAAGAUCUUCCCACAGGUCUUCCUGUAGGUUUUACUAUAGGAGCAGUGCUCAAACGAGAAAAUCCUUAUGAUGCAGUAGUUCUGCACCCCCAAAAUGCUGGAAAAUCCCUUGAAUCACUACCAAGCAAGAGUCUUGUAGGCACCAGUUCUCUUCGCCGAGCUGCACAGCUAAAGAAAAGGUUUCCUCACCUGGAGUUUAAAGACAUUAGAGGAAAUCUCAACACUCGUCUAAAGAAGCUGGAUGAGAACAAUGACUUUUCUGCCAUUAUCCUGGCUGCAGCUGGACUACAGAGAAUGGGGUGGGAGUACCGAAUCAGCCAGAUUCUUGAUCCUGAAGAUUGCCUAUAUGCAGUUGGACAAGGGGCUCUGGCUGUAGAGGUGAGGGCUCGAGACCAGGACAUUCUGGAGAUGGUGUCAGUUCUGCAUGAUCCUGACACAGUCCUGCGCUCCAUUGCAGAGAGAGCUUUCCUUAGACACUUGGAAGGGGGAUGCAGUGUACCAGUUGCUGUUCACACCGAAGUGAAGAAUUCCCAGCUUUAUCUGACUGGAGCAGUAUACAGUUUGGAUGGAUCAGAUAGUCUGAAAGAGACAAUGCAGACCAGCAUUGACUCUGACAAUCAGGAGCAAGAGAAGGUUGACGAGGAAGUCCAGCGUGUGGGAAUUACAGCCCUGAAGGUGUCAGGAGCAGCUCAGGAUGCCGCUGAGAAGUUGGGGGUGGAUCUCGCCAAUCUGUUGCUUAGUAAAGGGGCCAAAGAGAUUCUGACAGUGGCCCGACAACUCAACGAUGCACGAUAGCUAUAUAUACAUUCCAUUAUGCAGUAGUCAAGUAUGAAUGUCCCAUAAUUAUAUUAUAUACAUAAUUAUAUACACAUACAUGCGUACAAUUUAGAAAGGUAUUUAUUUUAUUCCCUACAUCUUUCUAAAAGUAUUUACUAAUUCAGUAAAAAUUGAGGAUACAUUACAUACACCUACUUGUCUUGUAUAGUCAGUCAUUGACAAGAAAACAGAAAAAGAGAAACAUGCAAAUUAGUAUCAUGGACAUAGAAGGAUAACUGGUCGUCCAGGACCAUGCCCUAAUUUCUUGUGCUUUUGGUUGACAUGAUCAGGGAUUUCUCAAAGGAGGUAAUCUUGGUGAUAUUAUUGUAGGGAGGUAUCACCAGCAAUAUUUAACAGCUUUGUCUUGUUGGGAUUCAGUUUUAAAUAAUGGGCAGCUAUCCAUAAUGAAAUGUUAGGCAUGUUGAGACAUUUGUAUCUGAGGGAAUGAAGGAGAAAAUAAUUAGUCGUAAAAGAAAUUAUAUGAGGAAUUCAUCACAGGGUAAAUUUAAAGAAGAUAUCAGACUGAGUUUUUUGUAGUACAUAAAGUUGCUCUUAAUUUGACCUUUGACCUAAUUUGAAUCACUGUUCAUAUUUCUCUACCUGUUCAAAUAUAAGACAUUUGCCUGUAGGCAUACUCAAAAAGCCUUUUUAU